AAAAUAGGAAGCUGUUGUUGAAAACUUCCAAAACAAAAAUCGGUUUGUUGAUGACUGGCGAUUUACAAAAUAUACAAAGAACCGAUUAUAUCUCUUAACUAGUAUUAAAUUAACAAGUGAAUAUGGAGUCAAUUGCAACCGAUUCUGGUAAGAUAGUCAAGAUGGAGGUUGACUACACCUCCACCUGUGACGAGAAGAUUCCGGAAUGCCAAAAGCUAGCGAAAUCCGGCAAAUUGCAUGAUGCCCUCGAUCAACUGCUAGCUCUGGAAAAACAAACCAGAACAGGAGCUGACAUGAUCUCAACGGGCCGAGUCUUAGUGGCGAUCGUACAAAUAUGCAGGGAAGCCAAGAAUUGGAAUGCACUGAACGAGCACAUCAUUCUGCUCACCAAGAGAAGGUCUCAGUUGAAACAGGCAGUUACAAAAAUGGUUCAAGAGUGUUGCACAUAUGUGGACCAAACACCUGAUAAAGAGACUAAGAUUAAACUUAUUGAUACUUUAAGACAAGUAACUGAAGGUAAAAUCUACGUAGAAUGCGAACGCGCCCGUCUUACCCAUAAACUGGCCAAAAUUCGUGAAGACGAUGGCGACAUUCAAGAAGCAGCCAACAUAAUUCAAGAACUGCAGGUAGAAACAUACGGCUCUAUGGAGAAACGUGAGAAAGUUGAGCUCAUCUUGGAACAGAUGAGAUUGUGUCUGGCAAAGCAAGACUACAUUAGAACGCAGAUCAUCUCCAAAAAAAUCAAUACCAAGUUCUUCGAUGAUGAGGGUACACAAGAUCUGAAGCUUAAGUUUUACAGGCUCAUGAUGGAGCUAGAUCAACAUGAGGGAUCAUAUCUAGCAACCUGCAAACAUUAUAGGGCUGUAUUGAACACACCCAGCAUUCAGGCAGUUGCUGAGGAAAGGCAAUCAGCUGCCCAGGCGGUCGUUUUGUAUUUGAUUUUAGCGCCACAUGAAAAUGAACAGGCCGACUUGACACAUAGGGUUCUGCAAGAUAAAAUUCUAGAAGAAAUCCCCCUCUAUAAACAACUGUUGAAACUGUUCACCACUCCAGAAUUAAUAAAGUGGUCCGGCUUGUGCGAACUAUACGAAAAGCAACUGAAAGCCACACCAGUCUUUGGCGGUAACGAGUUGGCGAAGAAACGUUGGGAAGAUUUGAAGAGCCGCGUUGUGGAGCACAACAUUCGCGUGAUGGCCAAGUACUACACUCGCAUUAAGAUCGCCCGCAUGGCAGAACUUCUGGAUAUGUCUCCAGCCGAAACUGAAGAAUUGCUAUCGCAGAUGGUUGUCAGUAAGAGCGUCCAGGCGAAAACCGACAGACCUGCGGGCGUUGUUCAUUUUCAACAGGGUAAAGAUCCCAGUGAUGUACUGAACGAUUGGGCGCACGAUUUGUCUUCGUUAAUGCAGCUGGUUAAUAAAACCACACAUUUGAUUAACAAGGAAGAAUGUGUGCACAAGCAUCUUCAAGCCACAUCCUAGGUUAUAUUAAUUGUCUGAUUUUAAUUUUCCAUUAUAUAACUUUAUUAUAUUAAGUAAACUUAACUUUAAAAUU